GCCGAAACCACACCCACACCUACACCCGGAUCAAGUAUCAGUAAUCGGCUAGUAGGUGACCUCUGAGUUUUCUGGUCUUUUGGUGUAAGAAUGGAAGUGGCUGGGUGGUUUAUCGGGGCUGGAAUAGGAACUGUAUUCACAGCGCUGUAUGAAGGCGUCAAGAAACUGAGGGGCAGGACUACAAAGUUCAGAGCUCAACUCGAAGCUCUCGAGUUGACUCUAGAGUCUUUCGAUCUAGAAGUCAUCCAACAGAUAGGGAGGCAUAACGAGGCAAUGGGUCUCCGGAACGAGGAUGUGAAAGCUCUUGAAGAAGAACUGAACAAGGGAGUAAGAAUCAUCAGUGAACUCUCUGAUGCUUGUCUAUGGAAUCGGAUAGAUUCUCUGUACAUCAGUCAACUUGCUGGCCUGAAUAGGUCACUAAGUAUAUUGGAAAAGAGGCUGAAGAUGCAGUCGAUAAGAGACGUGAAGGAAACCCGACACAUGAUGCAGAUCUUGCUAAUUAGACUGACUUUGCAUCAGGAACCUUGCAGGGAUGGAUAUGGGAGCUUGCUCUCAACUACAGGACUGCUAAAUAUUGCACCACAGGAAGCACUCCAUCACAUACUGACCUUGGAUUCAGUAAGGAACAUCGCAUCGACUAGCACAGAUCUUCAGCAAUUCCAUGGUAAGGGUGAGAUACAAGAAGUUGGAAGCUCAAGUGGUCACCUUCCUUCUCCUCUAGAAAGCUCAAACUACAGAGGUUCUGACAAUCAACUGGAGAUUAACGGCGGACAACUAGUGACAACUUCAUACCAGAUGGUGAAAAGAAUUGUUGUGAAAGUGUCACUUGACUCUGAAAGAAGCAGAAGCAAAGCUUUGAAGCUUGUAGUAGGUAUCCAUGGUGUUUACAGUUCGUCGAUAAAAAGAGACAUGGACCAAAUAGAGGUGAUUGGGGACGGAUUUGAUGUCGUUGGCUUGGUCACGAAAUUAAGGAAGCAUUACUAUGCCGAAAUACUACUAGUGGAGCCAGUAAAAUCUGAGAGAAAGCCAACUGAUCCAAUUGGACGAAAAUCAAAGUAUAUCAAGAUCUGCAAGUGGUUCAAGCCUAUUAUACCUCGGUGACAUUAUUUUUUUAGUGUUUACAAUCACAUUUGUGAUGCUGGAGCUACCAGGGUAUCAAUCAUUAUUAUCUUAAUAUGUCUUCUUUCCUCGGUACAAAAUGGAUUCGUGUUUCCCCAAGUGAUAUUGAGAUUUAAAUUACAUUCCAAGUUCACAAAA